AUGGCUUCCGACGAGAUUAUCUGGCAGAUUAUCAACCAGCAGUUCUGCUCAUUUAAACUAAAAACCGAAAAGAAGCAAAACUUCUGUCGUAACGAGUACAAUGUGACGGGGCUCUGCAGCCGACAGUCGUGCCCUCUGGCCAAUUCGCGGUACGCCACGGUGCGACAGCACCCGACCAAGGCGACGCUGUACCUAUACAUCAAGACGGCGGAGCGGGCACACCUGCCCUCCAAGAUGUGGGAGAAGAUCAAGCUGUCCAACAACUACACGAAGGCGCUGGAGCAGAUUGACGAGCGGCUCAUAUACUGGCCCAACUUCACCAUUCACAAGUGCAAGCAACGCCUAACUCGCCUGACGCAGGUGCAGAUUCGCAUGAGGCGUAUCGCUGCCGAGGAGGAGCGUCUGGGCGAGAAGCUGGUACCCAAGCUGGCCCCCAAGGUGCGCCACCGUGAGGCUGCUCGCGAGCGCAAGGCUGAGCGCGCCGCCAAGCUGGAGAAGACGAUCGAGCGCGAGCUGCUCGAGCGUCUCAGGCAGGGCGCCUAUGGCGACCAGCCUCUCAACGUCAGCGAGGAUGUCUGGAAGAAGGUCCUCAACGCCAUGGAGAGGGAUGGCCAGGGUGUCCGCGACGAGGAUAUGGAUUCCGGUGUCGACGAGGACGACGAGAGCGAUGACGAGCGUGAGAGGAAUGGCGUUGCUGAGACCGAGGAUGGCGAGAAGGCCGUCCAGUACGUCUCGGAUAUUGAGGAGAGUGAUGACGAUGACCUCGAGGAUCUUGAAGAAUGGCUCGGUAGCGAUGAGGAGCAGUCAGAGGACCAGGAUGAUGACGAUGACAGCUCAGAUGAGGAGGAGACUAAGAAGUCCAAGGCUGGCCUCAAGCGCAAGAGGGGCCGCGCCGUCAAGAUGAAUGGUAUCGAGGCCAAGAAGUUGAAGGCCAAGGAGAAGCUCCAGCCUCUUACCAACGACCUCGAUUGGUAG